AUGGUAUCAUUGAAAGCUUUUUUGAUUACAUUCACCGCUGUGGCGACGGUCUCGGCAUACCCUGCCAAUUCGAGUUUUGAACUCGUUGAUCGAAGUGGGACACCUAGCUCCACUGGAACAAGUGGUGGAUAUUAUUACUCUUUCUGGACAGAUGGUGGUGCAGCUGUCACUUACACAAAUGGUGCCGGCGGUGAAUACAAUGUUCAGUGGUCAGGAAAUGGAAACUUUGUUGGUGGAAAGGGCUGGAAUCCUGGAAGUGCCUUGGCCGUUACCUAUGGUGGCACAUAUAGCCCAAAUGGAAACAGUUACCUUUCCCUUUAUGGUUGGACUACAUCACCUCUCAUCGAAUACUAUAUUGUCGAAAAUUUCGGUACAUACAAUCCAAGCACUGGAGCUACUCUUAAGGGUACUGUUGUUAGUGAUGGGGCUACCUAUAACAUAUACCAAACACAACGUGUGAAUCAACCAUCCAUUAUUGGUACUGCCACCUUCUAUCAAUAUUGGUCUGUUAGACAAUCCAAACGAACUGGUGGUACUGUAACAACCGGAAAUCACUUCAAUGCAUGGAAAGCUCUCGGAAUGAAUAUGGGUAGUUUCAAUUACCUGAUAGUCGCAACCGAAGGAUACUUUUCCAGUGGAUCGGCCGAUAUAACUGUUGGAGGUUCAAGUGGAGGUGGAGGUGGAGGUGGAGGUGGUAAUCCUGUAACCACUACCACAAGUGGUAGUACACCUACGUCACCACCGAGCGGUAGCUGCGGUGCUUUGUAUAGUCAAUGUGGCGGUAUUGGAUUCAACGGUUCCACAUGCUGUGCCUCUGGAACUUGUAAAUUUUUCAGCUCAUAUUAUUCUCAAUGCUUGUGA